AUGUUUUUAACUGCUCAAAUUCUCCUCAAUCUUCUAAUAAUAUUCAAUAUAUUCAACGGCGUUGCUAAUUCAUCACCAAAUUUACAACCAAUAGAUUAUUUCGAUGUUGAUACGAUAAAACAGUUGAAAACAUUGGAUAAACCUUCAGAGGAAUGGAAUAUGGAAUAUAAUUAUGGCAGAAAUUACAAACAUUCUAAAGGUCAAGAAUGGGGUAAUGGUUACAACAAUCAAUACAAUACCGGAAAUAUUCUGAGGAAUCAUCAAUAUGAAGGAGCAAAGAAACAAAGAGCGAAAUUGUUGCAAACAGAAAUAACACCAAUAUGGGCUUCCACUAAUAUCGAUGAAUCGAAGAUGUAUAGAGGGGGAGCAUCCGAGAUGAAUGAUAAGCAGCAAGGAAGUAUGCAACAAUCUAAUACUCUGGAAAAGCAAUUUCAAAAAAAGACUGGCAGUAAGAUGAAAAAUUGGUAUAAUUGGCCUAGCAAAAAUUUAACUUGGCCAAAUUGGAUACUCAAAAAGAAUCCCUACGAGAUGCAAUUGGUACCAUGGUGGAAUACAAAUGAUCAACAAGCACAAAAAGCACAAAGUGUUCCAAGAUUCAUGCCUGAUGAGAUUAUUCUGAAACAGAAAAAAUUUUUCUGGCCUGGUUCAAUAGGUUGGACAGGUGAUUUAGGUCCCUUUCGUGAAGUACCAAUUCCACCAUGGUAUGACUAA